GGUUUCACUGAUUUUCUGUUAAAGACACAAUAAUUUAAUUGAAUAGUUGCUUUAUCCUUCUAGGACAUUGAUGAAAACAAUCAUUUAUAAUUUCAAAAUUCUCAGUGAAUUGAAGAACUUUAUGGAAUCUUGAAAUAGGCUGAUACUUUUUGACACUCAGAAAGAAUGACUUUGUUAAAGUUGAGGAGGUUGUUGGGUGAACAUAGCAGACCUGUUUUAUCUCGACUAUAUAGUUCAACAGUUGGUGUAGACAAGAAGGAGCUUAAGACUUCAUAUGAUGCGGUAGUUAUUGGUGCAGGACAUAAUGGUUUGGUGUCUGCAGCAUAUCUACAGAAACAAGGCCUAGAUGUUUGUGUACUUGAAAGAAGACAUGUGAUUGGUGGUGCAGCUGUGACAGAGGAAAUUGUUCCAGGAUACAAGUUUUCAAGGGCUUCAUAUGUUUUGAGUUUACUGAGACCUAUUGUAUAUAAAGAUCUUGAGUUAAAGAAAUAUGGCCUGAAAGUAUUUCUGAGGGACCCUAAUGCCUAUACACCAUUACUUGAGCCACAGACAAUCAGAGGUCAACAGGUCAAAUCUUUACUUCUUGGAAGAGACUCAACUAAAAAUAGGGCUCAAAUUGCACAGUUUUCUGAGAGAGAUGCCAGGAAAUUUGAAGAGUUUGAAGAAAUGUUAAACAGAAUAGUUGGCAGUCUUGACCCGAUCCUGGAUUCUCCACCAGUUCACCUUCCUCUACUACUGAACCAUAGAACACUACGUGAUAAAAUAAAACUGUAUCACUCAGUCAAAAAUCUCUUCCAAUGCAUGGUGAAGCUAGGCAAGGACAGCAAAGACUUCUAUGAUUUAAUGACAGCACCAGCCACUAAAGUGCUUGACAAAUGGUUUGAGUCUGAACCUUUGAAGGCCACACUGGCGACAGAUGCAGUGAUUGGUGCUAUGAUUAGCCCAGAGACACCAGGAAGUGGGUAUGUGUUGCUCCACCAUGUGAUGGGUGAGCUAGAGGGUGUGAAAGGGGCCUGGGGCAUUGUGGAAGGAGGUAUGGGGUCUUUGUCACAAGCUAUAGCCAACUGUGCCAUGGACCAUGGGACCAGUAUCUUCACAAAUAAGCCAGUUAACAAAAUACUGACUCAGAAUGAUGAAGCAGUGGGUGUUGUCCUGAAAGAUGGUACAGAGAUCAGGGCAAAGGUCAUACUAUCAAAUGCUACACCAAAGGUCACAUUUGUUGACCUUUUACCAGAGAAAACUUUACCAUCAGAUGUAGAAGAUGAUGUUAAAUUGUUCAACUAUGAUUCUCCUGUAACAAAGAUAAAUGUUGCUGUGAACAAGAUACCUAACUUUCUAGCUGAUCCUAACACAGGAGACAACACUGUGAUGCCACAUCAUAGAUGUACUAUACACAUUAACUGUGAGGAUACUAACUGUAUAACUGAAGCUUACCUAGAUGCCAAACAAGGAAGAUAUUCUAAACGGCCAAUGAUAGAGAUGACUAUACCAUCAAGCUUAGACCCUACUAUCGCUCCACCAGGUCACCAUGUUGUUCUACUGUUUACACAAUAUACACCAUAUACCCUGGCAGACGGACAGACAUGGGAUGAUCAAACUAAGAAUGAAUAUGCUGACACUGUAUUUAACAGUAUAGAACAAUAUGCCCCUGGUUUCAAGGAGAGUGUGGUUGGGCGAGAUAUUCUUACACCUCCUGAUCUAGAGGCAGUGUUUGGACUCACAGGAGGGAACAUUUUCCAUGGAGCAAUGUCUCUUGACCAGUUGUACAUGGUACGACCCACAUCAGCUCUCAGUGACUACAGAUCACCCGUGUCCAGACUGUAUCUGUGUGGGAGUGGAGCUCAUCCUGGAGGUGGAGUGAUGGGGUCUGCUGGUAGAAUUGCUGCACUGACUGUGAUGGAAGACCGUAAAAAACUUAAAUUCUAAAUUAUUAUUUUUCUCUUUUAUGCAGUAUUUUGUUUUUUAUAUUGUUUUUAAGCAUAAAGCCAGUAUAUUCAAGUGUUGUAUACAGUAUUUGUCUUUAGUUUCUUUAAGUAAUGAUAGGUGAUGUAGGAAUAGUAUUAACUUGUUAGUCAUUGUGUUUGUUUUGUUCUCAUCAAGGUGAUUUUAUAUAUACACUGUAUAAUUUAUUUAUCUUUUUUAUGCCCCCGGGCAUAUAGUAAUUGAACCUUCCGUCCGUCUGUCCGUACGAGGUUAACCUAGAACGGCAAGUUCGAUUUUUCUUAAGUUCUACCUGUACCAAUGGCUCCUAAGUUUACACACUUACUAAUCAAUACAAAGUACAUGAUCUGGGCAAGUUACAUAACUCUGGCUUUCAUAUUUACCAAGUUAUUGCCCUUUUCAGCACUUAGAAAAUUAAUAAUGGUUAACCUUAAACGGCAAGUUUGAAAUAUCUUAAGUUCUAUCUAUACUAAUGGCUUUAUAAUUUCUACACUUACUUAUCAAUACAAAGUACAGGAUAUUGCCAAGUUAUAUAACAGUGUCAUCCAUAUUUCCCAGUUAUUUCCCUUUUCUCACUUUGAAAAUGGGGCCUUGUCUGGUUAACCUCGGCAAGUUGGAUUUAUCUUGAAUUUCUCCUAAUUGCUUAAUUUCUUUAAUGAUAUCUUUCAUAUUUAGUAGUUGGAUACCUUUGAUGGUCCUCUAAUUUUUGUGGAGUAAGCGGUCUCUAGGGUCAAGGUCAAGGUCACUGGUUUAAAAAAUUAAUAUAUAAAUUUUUGCUCAUACAGCCUUUAUUUUUUAGUUGAUGUCUUAGUUUAAUACAAACAUGCCAAGGGAGGUCCUCCUUCUUUGGGUGUAGUAAGGGGUCAUUUGGGUCAAGGUCACUGUUACCAAUGUCAAGGUCACCAAUGUUAAAAAUAGAUUUUUACAUUUUUAGCUCGACUAUUCGAAGAAUAUGAGAGCUAUUGUAGUCGGCAUCAGCGUCGGUGUCUGCGUUGGUUAAAGUUUUUUGUAAAUUCAAAUAUCUCAAUUAUUGCUUGAGAUAUUCAAUUGAAACUUACAAUACUUAUUUAUAGUAACAAUGUACAUCAGAUUGACAAGUUGGAUAACUCUGCCUACAAUAUUGACAGAAUUAUGCCCCUUUUUAACUUAGAAAUUUUGGUUAAAGUUUUUUGUAAAGUCAAAUAUCUCAAUUAUUGCUUGAGAUAUUCAAUUGAAACUUACAAUACUUUUUUAUAGUAACAAUGUACAUCAGAUUGACAAGUUGGAUAACUCUGCCUACAAUAUUUGCAGAAUUAUGCCCCUUUUUAACUUAGAAAUUUUGGUUAAAGUUUUUUGUAAAGUCAAAUAUCUCAAUUAUUGCUUGAGAUAUUCAAUUGAAACUUACAAUACUUAUUUAUAGUAACAAUGUACAUCAGAUUGACAAGUUGGAUAACUCUGCCUAUAAUAUUUGCAGAAUAAUUUGCCCCUUUGAAACUUAGAAAUUUUGGUUCAAGUUUUUUUGUAAAGUCAAAUAUCUUAAUUAUUGCUUGAGAUAUUCAAUUGAAAUUUACAAUACUUUUUUAUAGUAACAAUGUACAUCAGUUUGCAAAUUUGCAUAACUCUGCCUGCAAUAUUUGCAGAAUAAUUUGCCCCUUUGAAACUUAGAAAUUUUGGUUAAAGGUCUUCAAAGAUAUUUACUUGAAACUUUACACAUGUACUUAGGGUCAUAAUUGGAGAGUCAUAAUUGUAUGUCACUGACCAAGUUCCAUAACUCUACUCGCAUUUAGGCUGAUUCAUCUCCACUUUUCUACUUAGUCUCUUGGUUAAUGUUUACAUGCAAGUUUUACAUAUCUCAAUAACUAUUAAAGAUAUUUAUUUAAAACUUCACAUAUGCAUUUAGAAUCAUAAUUGUAGGUCACUGACCAAGAUCCAUAAUUCUAUCUUGCAUUUAGGCUGAUUUUUCUCCCCUUUUUCAACUUAGAAAUUCAUGGUAAAGUUUUGCUUGUAAGCUGUUAUCUCCAUAACUACUGAAGAGUUUGUGCCUUUUUUGGGACAUUUUUAUGCAUUCAUAAUAAUAAAGCAGUGAUUUACUUGAUAAAACAUCUUAAUAACAAGCCUUUGUACCUUUUCGGUCAAUUUUAUGUAUUCAUAGGUAAUUAGCAUUAUUUUACUCAAUAAAACACCCUUGUGACAAUUUUUUAAUAGUCGAGCCAAUACUGUCCUCCGACAGUUCUUGUUACAGGUGUAUUGACCUUAUUCUAUAGACAGAUGUUAUUUAUAAUUGAUAGAAACAUAAACUUUGAUGGAGUCAGUGGUCAUUUGGGUCAAGGUCACCAGUGCUAAAAAUAGAUUUUUACACAUUUGCUCAUACAGUCUUUAUUAAGUGACAGAUAUAUUUUAUAUUGGUAGGAAGAUAACUUGCAUGGUAUUCAUCCUUUUGAUUGGGGUAGGGAUCAGUGGGUCAAGGUCACUUGUGCUAAAAAUAGAUUUUUACACUUUUGCCCAUACAGCCUUUAUUUAUUGACAGAUGUAUUUCAUAUUUGGUAGGAAGAUAACUUACAUGGUAUUCUUCUUUUGGAUAGAGUUAGGGGUCAGUUUGGUCAAGGUCACCAGUGCUCAAAAUAGAUUUUUACACUUUUGCCCAUACAGCCUUCAUUUAAUGACAGAUGUAUUUAAUAUUUGGUAGGAAGAUAAAUUGCAUGAAGUUGAAUAUUUUUCAACUUCACAAAACAGAGCAAUGACUUUGCAACUUAUAUUUUUGACAAUUACAAAAUGCCAUGACUUUGUAAAGCUAUAUAACUUGUGCUUACAAUUUUUUGGCAAUUUUUCUGUCCAUAACUGAGUGAAUGGGUAAACAUUUUUUGAAAUAUUGCUACUGACAAGAAUCUGAGCCGGGGGGCAUUUGUGUUUAACAAACACGUUCUUGUUUCUGGUUGUUGUUUAUCAAAACUAUUAAGUAUACAAUUUAGUCUUCGUGUUGUUGGUUUUCAUUUUUGCUUUGAAUAUGUACAAGUUAUCAAACACUGCAACAAUGCUCAUUAUACCGUAAAUAUAAGUAAGAUAACAAUUUUUAUUGUUUUUGUUAUAAUGAUCAGUUCAUAAUGACGUAAAUGAUAACCAGAAUGUAUUAAUUUAAAAUUUGUGUAUCAAGCUAUAUCAAAUGAAAUAUUUUAUAGAAAAAACAGUUACAUGAUGUGGUUUUCAUAACCUUAUGAUUGUUUCUUAAAGUAUGUGUUACAAAGAAUAUCUAUGUAGUUUAAUAUACAUGAAUAUGGUAUGUAAACAAAAUAAAGUGUUGUGGAAUAAAAUAUUCCGCUGCUUUCUUAGCCCUGUAACUAACAUUGGUAUAGAGGUUGUCUUGUUAUAAGUUAUAACAGUCAUUAUUGACUUUUACCUAUUUUAUACAAGUAUUUUGAUUUUGUACAUAAUUCAUUAAAUGAUAAUAAACUCAUCCAAAUAAAUAAAUAGAAAAAUGCAUUAUGCAAAAAUGGGGGGAAGGUGGGGAUUAUUAUUGAAUGGCGGAAAAAAAGAGAUCAUUAUGUAUGAACAUUUUUUAUGAAAUAUCUUAGUUUUGUUGGACCAGUUAUAGUGUCAGUUUGUUUUACCAGUUAUUAUGUUUGUUGGUUGGACUAGAUACUAUAUCUGUUUGUUCAACCAGUCAUUUUGUCUGUUUUUUGGACCAGUUAUAAUGUCUGAUUAUGUGACCAGUUUUUAUGUCUGUUUGUUGUUCCAGUUACUAUGACUGUUUUGGGACCAGUUAUUAUGUCUGUUUGUGUGACCAGUUAUCAUGUCUGUGGGACCAGUUAUAUCUGUAAGACCAGUUAUUACAUGUAUGUCUGUUUUUUGGGGCCAGUUAUUAUGUCUGUUUUUGGGACCAGUUAUUAUGUCUGUUUAUGUGACCAGUUAUUUUGUCUGUGGGACCAGUUAUUAUAUCUGUAAGACCAGUUAUUACAUGUAUGUUUAUUUUUUGGGACCAGUUAUUAUGUCUGUUUUUGGGACCAGUUUUUAUGUCCAUUAAUUAUUGAUGAACAAAUAUAGAACAGAUAUAUAAUUGGUUGUUGCUUUUGUCUACACAGAAAAGGAUAACCAUUUGCCUGCUGGGGGCAGUUUGAUGCUGUCAGAUGUCCAUGUACACUGUUUGUUAUUCAUUCAGUUUAUUUUUUAGAAUUUUCCCUUAAAAAUAGUAAAUGUUCCUAUCAAGAAUGAAAGAUGAGGAAAAGCAGGGAAAAGAAUAUUGAAUAAACAAUUUAACAUCAAUGUAAAACAAAAUAUAAAUUACCCGUAUUUAAGCUAACAAAGUCAGAGCAAAGGCAAAGACCUGGGAAAAAGGAUUGUGAUAUUUAAAUUUUUUGUUAAACAUACAUUUUGAGAAAGUCUUAAUUCUAUAAACAUUUUACUUUAUGGAUAUAUAUUAUGUGUUGCCAUGGAGAUACAUAAAUCUCUGAUAAAUGAAACAUUCAGAAGUGGUAAUGUGAUAUCUGUUUAAAAUGUGUGAUGUUUUUUAUACCUUCUUAUACAUGUAUUAGGUGAGCUUUAUGUGAUAUAUUUGAAAGUUAAAUAAGAUACAUAAAUUUGAUAAGGUAUGAUAUUAUAUUUAAAACUUUGUGAUGUUUUUUUUUUAGAUAUAAUGAAUAUACUAUUGUAGAAUAAAAUAUAUAACUUUAAUAAGGUAGCAAAUUUUGCUUAACAUACCUUAUCGUGAUAUUUAGAUAUUUAUAUACUAUGUAUAUAUACAUUUUAAUAUGUUAUAAAGAUAAAUAAAAUUUGGUAGAAGCUUA